AUGAAUGACGGUACACUCGUCAUUCGUGGAGAGAAGGUUCCGUCGCGAAAUGUAAGCGGUGUUGAUUUUGUUGUGUACCCAUCUGUCGUCCAUCUCGUCGAUUCUCACGAGAUCCUGUCACCUCGCCUGGCCAUUCUUUGCCUCCGCCCUCUGCGCCAAAAACCCAUCAGUAUCAUCAACUGCUACUCACCAACAUCAGCAGCUGAUGAAUCCGAAUUGGAAGCGUUUUACGAGGAGCUGGAGGAAGUAGUCCGCAACGAGAAGUCCUUCUACGAAUUCGUUGUCGGAGACUUCAACGCAAAACUAGGAAAGGCCACAGAAGAGGAAUACAGGUUUGGAAGUUUUGGACUAGGGGACCGGAAUGAAAAUGGCAAUCGUCUCGCCGGGCUGUUGUCCGCCGCUCGCCUCUUUCAUGGGAACUCUCUUUUCAUGAAAAAAGAUCAUCGUCGGUGGACAUGGGAAUCGCCCAAUGGUGCGAGUCGUGCGGAGGUAGACCACAUACUUAUUAAGUGGGGAUGGCGCCUACUUGACGUCUCAGUAGUACCAUCCUUUUGUAGUGAUUCUGAUACGUCUCCUUCGUGUGAAAAUACGACUUGGCCGCAUGAUGGAAAAGAACGUCUGCUAGCCGCCACUAAGGAGAAAAGAAGCAUACGACGAUUGCGUACUCGAGGACUCCUUGUCCCAAGGUGA